CGGGGAGACGGUCGCACAGUGGGUCGAUGGAUUUAAAAUUAAAAUGCACUGUCUUUGAAAGAACCCUAGCGCCCCAAAGCGCCUUUGCCCAGCACCUUGGAAAACGUCCUAUCUGCUUUCCAGCCUCCGCUGUGUUGAAUAAGAAAGGACUGGGGAGUUUCCCUAAAACACCAGGCAUCAGACCAUCCCUCUUACGGAAGGAACCUAGAAAGCCCCAGGGAAAGCCUUUCAGAGGAGAGCCCAGCACAGGCCAAGAGAAAGAAUGUAGGAAGAAGUAACCAAGGAGAGGUAGUAUAAUUUAGAAGUGAUUUGGACUUUAGGUUUUGGAAGUGAGUAAAACUGGCUUUGAAAGUCAAGAUGACAACAGCUGCAGAGAGGAAGUAUAUUAAUAUUAGAAAAAGAUUGGAUCAGCUGGGAUACCGCCAGACCCUGACAGUCGAGUGUUUACCUUUGGUAGAAAAGCUGUUCAGUGACUUGGUUCAUACAACAGAAAGCCUUCGCCAGUCAAAGUUAUCUUCUGUGAAAGCUGAAAAGGAAAGUGCCAAUUUUGAUUUUGUUUUGGAGCCCUAUAAACUUGAAAAUGCAAGACUGAGUAAAGAAAAUAAUGAAUUAUACCUGGAGUUAAUGAAACUGAGAGAAUGUUCAGAACAAAAUAUUAAAGAGUUGAAAACUACAUUGAAGAAAUGUACACGUGAAACAGCAGAUCUGAAGUUUCUAAAUAACCAAUAUAUUCACAAACUCAAACUUUUGGAGAAGGAGAGUAAAGCUAAAAAUGAAAAAAUUCAACAACUUCAAGAAAAGAAUUUGCAUGCUGUAGUACAAACUCCAGGUGGCAAGAAAAGAAGCAUUGCAUUCAGACGCCAGCGUAUGCAAAUUGACGAGCCAGCUCCUCCCUCUGAAGUCAGUUCCUAUCCAGUUCCACAGCCAGAUGACCCUUACAUCGCAGACCUCCUGCAAGUGGCUGAUAACAGGAUCCAAGAACUUCAGCAGGAAGUCCACCAGCUACAAGAAAAGUUAGCAGUGAUGGAAAAUGGUGUGAGAGAUUACAGCCAGCAGAUUGAGCUACGAGAACGAGAGAUAGAACGACUGUCAGUUGCUUUGGAUGGUGGGCGCCCGCCGGAUGUCCUGUCUCUGGAGACUAGAAAUAAAACCAAUGAAAAGCUGAUUGCUCAUUUAAAUGUGCAGGUUGACUUUCUUCAGCAAGCUAAUAAAGACCUGGAGAAGCACAUUCAAGAGCUUAUGGAAACCAAGGAAACGGUGGCAACUGAAGUCGUUAAUUUAAGUAACAAAAAUGAAAAACUCUGCCAAGAAUUAACUGAAAUAGACCACUUAGCACAGCAACUAGAAAGGCAUAAAGAAGAAGUGCUUGAGACUGCUGAUAAAGAACUUGGAGAAGCAAAGAAAGAGAUCAAAAGAAACCUCUGUGAAAUGCGGAAUCUUGAAGAAACAAUGACAAAACUUCAACUGGAAUUAGACUUAUGCCAUAAAGAAAAGGAGAGACUGAGCGAUGAACUUCUUCUAAAAUCAGACCUGGAAACUGUUGUUCAUCAGCUUGAACAAGAAAAGCAAAGACUUAGCAAAAAAAUUGAAAGUUUUGCAGUUACAGAAAGAGAACUUACUUUGGAAGUUGAGAGGAUGAGGCUAGAACAUGGAAUAAAACGUCGAGACAAGUUACCUUCUCGUUUAGAUACAUUUCUCAAAGGUAUAGAAGAAGAACGAGAUUACUAUAAGAAAGAGCUAGAAAAGCUCCAACAUAUAAUACAGAGAAGAUCUUGCUCUAUAAAUUACUGUGCACAUGAAAGAAAUCAAGUAUUUAAAACAUCGGAAAAGGGUGAUUACAACUCAGAAAUUCAUCUGGUCACAAGAGAAAGAGAUGAACUUCAGCAUAUGCUAGAAAGAUUUGAAAAAUAUAUGGAAGAUAUACAGUGCAAUGUUAAAUUAUUGACAGCAGAAAGAGAUAAACUAAGUGUCUUAUAUAAUGAAGCUCAGGAAGAAUUAUGUGCACUAAGACAGGAGUCAACCCACACCACUGUCCCCAGUAGUCUUGUUAAUCUUAUGGAAAAGGAAAAGGAACUUGCCUUAUCUGACUUAAGAAGAGUUAUGGCAGAAAAGGAAGAUUUAAGGGAAAAGUUAAAAAAUAUCCAGGAAAUGAGUGCUUUGGGCCAAUCAGAAUUAGAGAAAACUAUUGAACAUUUGACAUGUGUUAAUCAUCAGCUUGAAAGUGAAAAAUACGAAUUACAAUCUAAAGUGUUAAUAAUGAAAGAAACAAUAGAGUCACUAGAGAACAAAUCAAAACUCCAAGCUCAAAAGCUAAGCCAUGUGGCUGGUGACUCAUCCCAUCAAAAAACAGAGAUGAACUCCCUUAGGGUAGUAAAUGAGCAGCUACAGCGAUCUCUCGAUGAUUACCAGCAUCGACUGUCCAUAAAAAGAGGUGAACUUGAAUCUGCCCAGGAACAAAUUAAAAUACUGGAGGAAAAAAUAGAUGAGCUAAACCUUAAGAUGACUUCACAGAAUGAAGAGGCUCAUGCAAUGAAAAAGACUAUUGGUGUUAUUGAUAAAGAGAAAGACUUCCUCCAGGAGACUGUGGAUGAGAAGACAGAAAAGAUUGCAAACUUGCAAGAAAUCCUAGCUAGUAAAGAAAAAGCUAUUGCGCAGAUGAAGAUAACUGUCUCAGAGUAUGAAUCAUCUAUGACGCAACUAAAGGAAACACUUAGUAAUCGAGACCGGGAGAUAAGCAGCCUCCGGCGUCAGCUUGAUGCAACUCUCAAAGAGCUUGAUGAAGUAGGAAAGUCUAGAGAAAUAUCUUUCAAGGAAAAUAGAAGAUUACAAGAUGAUCUGGCUACAAUGGCAAGAGAAAAUCAGGAAAUCUCAUUGGAAUUGGAGGCAGCAGUCCAAGAAAAAGAAGAAAUGAAAAGUAGAGUUCAUAAUUACAUAACUGAGGUGUCCCGAUGGGAGAGCUUAAUGGCUGCUAAGGAGCAAGAAAAUCAAGAUUUGUUAGACAGAUUCCAGAUGCUUCAUAACUGUGCUGAAGACUGGGAGAUCAAAGCCCAUCAAGCUGAAGGAGAAAGCAGCUCAGUCCGACUGGAACUUCUUUCUAUUGACACAGAGAGAAGACACCUUCGAGAAAGAGUGGAUCUACUAGAAAAAGAAAUUCAGGAGCACAUAAAUGCACAUCAUGCUUAUGAAUCUCAGAUCUCAUCAAUGGCAAAAGCUAUGGCUAGUUUAGAAGAAGAGCUGAGACAUCAAGAAGAGGAGAAAGCAACAGUAUUAAAUGAUUUGUCUUCUCUUAGAGAACUUUGCAUUAAGUUUGAUUCACGCAAAGAUGUUAUGACCCAACAGUUGAAUUCUAAAAACCUUGAGUUGGAGAGGGCACUUGUAGAAUUAGAAAAUGUAAAGUCAGAAUCAGAACUAUUAAAAAAACAACUGUCAAAUGAGAGAUACACGAUUAAAAACCUUGAAUCACUGUUGGCUACAAAUAGAGAUAAAGAAUUUCAUUCUCAUUUAAACUCCCAUGAGAAGGAUACAGAAAUUCAGCUACUUAAGGAGAAGUUAACCCUUUCAGAAAGCAAAUUAACUAGUCAAAGCAGGGAAAACACCAUGCUUCGAGCUAAAGUGGGACAGUUACAAACAGAUUAUGAUUCUCUAAAAAGGCAAAUUUCAACGGAGAGAUAUGAACGAGAACGAGCGAUCCAAGAGAUGCGUCGACAUGGUCUUCCUACAUCUCCCCUUAGUUCUACACUGAAGUCUCCUCCACAUUCUCCAGAACAUAAACAAUAAUGGUUUUCCAGGAGUCUCUAUAUGGAUUUUAAAAUGAACACAACAGUACUGAACAAUUUGAAGUGCUCAUUCCUGAAAAUCAUGAAUAGGAACACAAAUUCUACCUCUAUCAAUCAACUUUUAUUUAAAUCAGUGGAGAUUUAUGUAAAAUUAUUGUAUCUAGGUGUAUAUUUUCAUAUAUGUAGCAGAACAAAUAUGUAUGAAUAGUCCUUAACUGACGUGAUAUUUAUAUUUUAUUAUUCUUGUCUUAAAUUACUCUUUAAAAUGUGUUUAUACUGUGAAUUAAUCACAUUGUGCUUCAAUAAUCUGACUCUUAAUAAGCCAUGAUAAAUGUGUCUAAAUAUUCCUAUAAUACUUGUGUUUAAUGUGUUUUCAGUUUCUGAGCCUGUGUUUGUAACCCAUAUAAUAAUCUGUUUACAAAGAAAUGCCACCUUUGAUGCUAUGCGUCAUGCUUUCUUCUAACUGUAAAAUCAGUUAUUCACAAAUUUGCUGUCUGCCAUCAAGGGAAAUAUAUUCAAGUCUAGUCAAUAGCAGAGGUCUUGAUAAAAUAAUCGUUGCCAUGUGUAAUUAAUUAUUGCCACCUAGAAUAACUGUGAUGAGAAAGAUACACUUUUAUAUAUGAUAUUAUAUUAUGUUGACUCUUACAUGGGCUUAUUGCAUAAUACAGUUCUAUGAAAAUCAAAUUAAAUUUUGUAUUUAGAAUUUUAUAAAACAUAUAGUUUAGGGCAGUUUUUUCAGUAAAUAAAACUUGUUGAUGUAUUAGUCUAAACUUUCAGAAUAUAAAAGUACAUGGGGGGGAGGCCGGGGAUUUAUUAGCUCAUUGGUGCCACUGCCUGCCUCGCAAGCACAAGGGCCCGAGUUCAAUCCCCGGUACCAAAAAAAAUUAUCAUCAACUCUUUAAAAGUACAUGGGGUAAGUAUAGUAAACAUUUUGGAAAAUUCUAAUGUACAUUAAGCCAUAUCAAUGUUUUCGCUUCUGCCUAUAUGUUGUAACUUAGCAGUCUUCCAGAAUGGUAUGUAAAUGUUGGGCUCUGGGGCAUAUAAAUUGAAAACAGCUUUUUACAAUUCAUUUUCAAAGUUAUAAUUUUUUAAAAUUUAGGUAUAAGUACAAAAGAGAAUGUCAGAUACAAAAUUUAAUUGUGUUUAAACCAUACACGUUAAAUAAAAACCUGUUCUAACAGAAUUCAUUAUGACUGAGAAAAAACUUAAAAACGUAAAAAAAGCAAAAGAUCAAUUAUUUAUAUUUUGUUUCCUCUGUGGUUUAAUAAAGUGGAGUUGCUAUGUGUGUUCCUGAAGGUGGACGGUGUGCUUUCUCUGUAACUAGUGUGCCUUAGGUGUUCAGGAGAACACCCUUAGUAAUAAUUCCAGGUGUUGGCUUAUUUUCACACCGCCUUUGCAAUUGUAUAUAUCCUGUCUCCUUUGGGUGAAUUCAUGUAUUGCAGUAAAAUAUGAGCGAAGUGGGACUAUUUGCAAUGUCAUAUGGAAAGUCUCUUAAUAAAUAUAUGUAAAUAAAAAUAUUUGUCCCCACCUUUUCCCCCCAAAGCAACAACAAGACAUACUAUGUUAGGUAUUUCAUUUUAACAUUUUUAUAAUUAAAACUGUAUAGCUUGCCCUAAUUGUUAUUUUCAUA